UAUAACCAUAUAAUGUUGUAUAAUCAACUACUAUAUUAUUCAUACCUAUUCGAUUAUGAAAAAUUGAAAAAUCUAAAUCCAUCUUUAAACUUUGUAAUGUUUAUUAAAGAUGAAACUGGUAAAAAAAAUUUUGAAUUAUUAAAAACAACAGUUGAUGGUUAUCUGACAAAAUGUGCAACAAGAUAUGUAGAUCUUGGAAGUUUAUUCAAAUCUUUAUCCUAA